AUGUCUGAAACUGGAGGUAGUGAAAGAGAAGAAGAACAAACAAAGGGAGAACAGAGAGGUGACACGCCAAAUAUAAGGAGGGGAACAGAAACGGCACAGUAUUUAUGUGAGUCAAAGGUGCACAGAGACGCGCUUGAUGAGAGGAGUAAGAAGAAAGGUACGAAAGAGGUGGCCAAAGGUCAAAAGAUGCGUAGAGGAAGAAAACCAAAAUCACAAUCCAUAGGAACUCAUCAAGACGAUCGAAGGAAUCAUAGUGGAAAGUUUCAUCUCGGUGGUACUUCUACUAGACCUUUGAUUACUUUUACUGAUACUAAAAGACCUAUGAUUUUGGAGGAUAAACCUCAUGUUAAUUUUCCUUUGGAAUUAAGUUCCACUACAACUUCAGAAACAACUAGGAAUUCAGAAACGACUAGGAAUUCAGAAAUGACUAUGGAUUCGAAUUUAGAAACGAAUCAUAAGGCUUUUAUUGAAGAAAUUGAUAAUGAUACGAAACUUGAAGAUGAUCGGGUUUAUUGUAUUUGUAAACGGGUGUAUGAUGGACGUACGAUGAUUGCUUGUGAUCGAUGUGAUGAUUGGUAUCAUAAUGAUUGUGUGGGGAUAAAUGAUGAAUUAGUAGAAUUAGUAGAUGUGUUUAUUUGUCCAAGUUGUGAACCAGGAGUCCAAAGAAACACUACAUGGAAAGCUCAAUGUGCUAGACCAGGUUGUCAUUCAGGAUCGCGUAGAUUAUCAAAGUAUUGUACAGAUUGGUGUGGAUUGAAGACCGUGUCGAAUCGACUUGAAGCAAGCAUGAUUGAUCCAGUAGAUUUUUGGGAAUCAGUACGAAGUGUUAAACGGCCUCAGGCAGUGAUCCAAAUAGAUGAUCAAGAAGAAGAAGCAGAAGAAACGGAGUUCCACCAAAAUGGAUUACUGAACCGACUACGAAACGAACUAGAGACAAUCCUAGAUCGAACAUCCAAACUUGAUUCACAAAUCCGAAUCAUGUGUAUAGAGACCGCUCGAGCAUUAGCAUCAGAAGACUUACGAGCCGAAGAGUUUGAUGAAGAAUCGGGUGGGAUCCAUCUGGCGAUUGUUGAGAAACCUACAAAGAAACCAGCUGGGAAAGGGAAAGCUAAAGGCAGAGUGGCGUUUAAGAAACCGUUGAAUGGGUUGGAUUCCGCUACUGGUAGUAAUGAGGCGCCUUGUGGGUUUGAUGUGAGGUUGGUAUGGGAUGAUCGAGAUUGGAUCCCAUGGUCAUCUUCAGAACAAUUCUCGUCAAUGGUCUUGGGUCCCGGUUUAGAAUCUAAUGGAACACAUCAUCAAGAAGAAACGUUGGGAUCAAUAGAAGAUUUGAAAGUUAAACAAGAUCUUGAUCAAGUCGUUUCAGAAGGAAUGGUUUGUUUGAUCAUGAAGAAAAAGUGUGAUCGACAUAUGGGAUGGCAAAAGACGAAAGAAAAUGAUUUUGAAACUGAAUUGGGUACAUUAACAAGAAGUGUUGAAAAACUAAGGUUUGAAGAAAGAAAGAUUAGAGAAAGGAUCGAAGAAGAAGAACAAUUGGAUCAGUUUAGGAUGAUGAAAAAGAUGAAUCCUAAACGGUUUGAUGAACUUGAUCAUGAAGCUGAACUGAUGAGAAAUCAAUCUACAAGAGAUUUGAUGAGUAAAAAGAAAUCUGUUGGUAAGAAGAAAAAGAAUCAAAAGAUGUAGAGUUUGAAUGAAUGAAUGAUCUGAGGGGUGAAAAUGAACAUGGGGGUGUUGGUUUGAUGGAGAUAUAGUUUUUCGUGUUUUUAGUUUGUGUAGAUCAUUGUUUAUUUUUGGAAUUGAGAUGUUGGUUUUGAUCAAAUUUGUUAUAAAUAGAAACUGGCUUGAAUGU